AAUUUCCUCGCGUCGUGAGAAGACUUGCAUCCAGACGAGUCAGUCAGCGGUGCGGCGAGGCGGUUCGCCAGGUGCACGCGGGAGGGGGGUUUACCUGGCUGGCAGGUUGCUCAUCUCGCUUGCUCAGGCUCAGUGAGAGAAUAGAGAGCAGCAGCCAUGGCGAGAAGCAAGCGGGAUUUCUUUUCGUGAGCAGUGAAAAGCGAAGCAAAACCGCCCCGAAAUGUGGACCAAAUCAGUGUUUGUGACUUUGGGUGUUCUUGUGUUCGCGGCGGGACUCGCAGCGUCCCAGCAACAGUCCAGUUCCGAGAGCUGGAAACUGGAAUCAUCCGCAAAACUAUCCCAAGACCCCCCAUUUGUGCUGCCCUCCCCGAGCUCCUCUUUCUCAGCGCCCUCAGAGGCUCCCAGCUUUUCCUCCACGUCCCAAGCAGCGGCCUCCAGCUUACCCUCGGACGAAGAGGUCAGACCACCGGUCAUCAAUGAGCUGCCGACGCGGCACUCUGACGAGGCCCUGGUGAGGGCCACGCGCACCCUUCCCGCGGAAGAAUCCGUCGUUCCGAAGCAGACGGCGGCGGGCGAAAUGCCAUAUCAGGCGACGGCCGUGCGGGCGGCGCGGUCGAUCGAGGCGGCGGCGACCUCGAAGCAGUUGGUCGAGCCGUCGGGGGAAGGACGGAGGGCUCCACGGGUUGGUGUGACCGCAGUGGGGCCCCUGAACAACAAUGCGGGGCGCCGUAGCGAGCCCCAGAUCACUGACAUCCUGGGCGGCAUCGUCAAACUAUUCGGGGGCGGCGGCCCGGCCCCGCUGCCCGCCGUCGUCGCCACCAUGCCCAUGUCCAGACCCAUCAGGCCCCAGGGCACGCGAAUCAACAACCGCGGCCCUCCCAGGAUCACGGACGUCGUCCUGCUCAACGCCAGCACGCCCGACCCUCCGCCCUUCCCUUUUGAGAAGCCCAUAUCCGGCAUGGGGCCUCCGCCGCCCCCUCGCAGGCCCGUCCAGCCCGGCCGAAGGCCCAUCUUCCCCGACGGGCCCAUCGACCUGCCGGAAAGGCCGGUGGAAAAGGAGCAGGAAACUUCAACAACCACCGAAGCCACGACCACCACCACUGCUUCUUCCACCACCGAGGCCACCACCAGACGCCCGACUACGCACAAGCCAAAACCCACCACGGAAGUUUCCAAAUCAACCCCGAAGGCGGCCACUGAAGCUCCCCCUCCGGCUUCUCUGCCAACCGAAGCGCCCAUUCUCGAGUCGUCCAUCGUGGAUGUGGUCAACGCGGCGCCACCGACUGCUUCGACGCCACUGCCGGUGCCAAUCAGGUUUGCCCCACGUCCAGGUUUGGUUCUGGAUGACCCUGAGUUCAAACCGGGUGCCGCUGGACAGCCUCCGCCAAUCAUCACAGCUCCCGUCCGUCGACCCCCCGGUCACGGGGAGGUCUUUGACGUGACGGUUUCUGCCAUCCAGGGUCCAGGCCAGGUGCAAGGAGGGCCGCAGAUCGUGACGCGGCCGCAGUUCAACUCGGACGACGAGGUGUCCAUCGACGGCCGAAAAACGUACAUCAACCUGCUACCAACAGAGACCUCUGACGAGGUCGUCCCCACCUCCAGCCCGGCGACCACCCCUGCUCAGCGACCUUCCGAUCCGGUGACCGGGCAGGGCGUGGCCGUGCCCAGCGGAGGCCCUCCGAGCUCGCCACCGAGACGACCGGCGCCGCCUAAGAGGCCGCCAGUCAGAAUCGACACUUGCAUCGUCGGCGACUCGAACACCUGCGACGCCGCGCAGAACGAGGCGUGCAGAACCGAGGCAGGGGUCAGUUCGUGUCACUGCAAACCGGGACACAGCAGACGCAAACAUCGCGAGCCGUGUAGACGGAUCGUUUCCCUGGCGUUGAACCUGAGGAUUGAUCGCGUGUAUGAAAAACGCAUGGCCUGGAACAAGGCACUGGCCGACGUCGACUCUGAUGAAUUCCAGACUCUCUCGUGGGAAGCUGUUCGAGCGGUUGAUUCAGCCAUGGGGAUGACACCGUUUUCAGACGACUUCAUGGGCGCCAAGGUGAACGCCUUCAGUGCUGGACCCCCACUCGUAGCCAACAUGACCCUUCAACUUGCUGAAACCGCCGAGACCAUCCGUCCCGCUGUUCGCAAUGACAUCCAACGCCACCUGCUCGGCGCCAUCACCCGUCGCAACAACAACGUCGGCGACAGCGCCGUCUGGGUGGACAAAGUGGCCGGCGCUGUGUCCGGACUGACCGACUUGGACGAGUGCAUCAAUCCAGAGCUUAACGACUGCCACGCCAAAGCAACAUGCACCAACAUUUUCGGCACCUUCAGAUGCGCCUGUCCUGCAGGGCUGCGCGACCCCUGGGCUGGAAAUGUGCAACGAAGCGGCCGGCAAUGUGAGGCUUGCACGGCAGACUUUUGCAACAACAGGGGCCAGUGCAGCUUUGGGGCAGGCGGAGAACGGCUCUGUUCUUGCAAUGGAAACUUCUUCGGAAGCCAAUGCGAAAUGGAUGGAGAGGUAUUGGGCGUUGCAAUUGGUGCCGCGGUUGCUGCCGUCCUCAUUAUCGGACUGACUCUCUAUGGCCUAUGCAUGUGGAGCCGAAAGUGGAACCGCGAACAGCAGAAGGUUGAAAUGCUCUCCACGCGCACAGGCAUCACCUCGCCAGUGUUCAGCUACAUGGCGGCCGCUGCGGCCGCCUCGUCAGCGGCCUCUGUCAAGAGUGGCAUGCCCCCGACCACCCCUGCUGCGUACGUGUCUGUAGAGGACAGGCUUCGGUGGGCGCACAUAGCAGACGUAAUCGCACAAAACCAUUAUGCGUCAAAACAUCAUCAGCCGGAGCCCAAUAUGUGCUCCACCAGACCUUCAUCAGCAGUAUUCUACCCCAGUCUUCCUGUUCUCUAUCAGCAAGCUAGACCGCCUCCUCCUCCGACCAAUGGGCCGCCAGACAGUAGUGACGAGGAGGACAAUCAAGGCCUGUUGGGCCGAAACUUCCACGUACCCAGACCGAGAAGUCGAGCGGCCUCUAUUGCUAAUCAGAGUGCAAUUUACUAUGACCUCGACUAUGAUACGAGGCCAGCGCCUGUGCCAGCUCCUAGGUCAACUCUGCCGAGGCCGCCCGCAAUCCCGAUGGCAACGUACGGCCAAUUUUAUAGAGGCUGAUGGCGACUAAUUGAUUGAUAGAUUGCUCACCCUUUGGACUGGAAUUAAAUAAUUUCACCUCUAUGAUAUUUAUGAUGCUAAGCUACAAGCAUGAAUGUCCGACUGAUAACAAACGUGUUAGUGAAAGUGCCUGCAUGACUGGAGUGUAUAUUUUUAAUUUAUACAGAAUAAAUAGUUCAUGAAACUGUCAAUACAAUUAA